UCUCACAAUAUAAAAGGACAUCUUCGUGAUCAGAACAAUCUCCCAACCUUUAGGAGACCGUCUAAAUACACCCAUAACAAUCUCUCGAUCGGAGCUUCCACGAGAAAAAGUUUCUCAGCCAUGGCAGAUUCUACUUCCCUCAUUGUCAACAAACAAACCAAAGGAGGAUGGAACGCUGCCGUUUUCAUCAUGGUUGUGGAAAUGACAGAGAGAUUUGCGUUCUACGGUCUCGCAAGCAACUUGAUGACAUUUCUAACGAAUGAGCUAGGCCAGUCCACGGCCACGGCAGCCAAACACAUCAACACAUGGCUCGGCGUUUCUUACCUUUUCCCCAUUCUCGGGGCGUUUCUAGCUGACUCAAUCCUAGGCCGCUUUAAAACCGUUCUCUUGUCGUCCUUUGUUUAUCUCCUGGGAAUGGUAAUGUUACCAUUGUCGGUGACGGUGGUGGCACCACGGCUAAGAGAAAAAGCGUUCUUUAUGGCGUUGUAUGUGAUGGCGGUUGGAGAAGGAGGGCAUAAGCCAUGCGUCAUGACCUUUGCGGCUGACCAGUUCGGAGAGGCUAGUGCAGAGGAGAAGGCAACCAAGACAUCAUUCUUUAAUUAUUGGUACUUGUCCAUUGUCCUUGGUUCUUCCAUAGCUGUUCUUGCCCUCAUCUUCAUUCAGGAACGAGUGAGUUGGUUAGCAGGAUUCAGCGUAAUAGCAGGAAGUGUAGGAAUAGCUGUACUCAUAUUUCUGAUCGGUAUUCCGAGAUAUCAAAAACAAGUUCCGGUGGGAAGCCCUCUCACGAGAGUUGCUCAAGUCAUCGUAGCUGCUUCUAAGAAAUGGCGACUAAGCACCACACGCCACCACUAUGGCAUAUGCUACGAGGAAGGCACGGAGGAGGACAAGUCGGAGUCAACGAAUGCCCAUCUUCUUGCCAGAACCAAUCAGUUCAGAUUCCUGGACAAAGCUACAAUCAUUGAUGAGGUUGAUAAUACGUCGAACAAAAGUAGAAACCCAUGGAGAUUAUGUCCCGUGAACCAAGUGGAAGAAGUAAAGCUAAUAUUGAGGCUCGUACCGAUUUGGAUAAGCUUGAUAAUGUUUUCUGCUACACUUACUCAGCUCAACACAUUCUUCUUAAAGCAAGGAAGCAUGAUGAAUAGAACCAUUGGUGACCACUUCACCAUACCUCCUGCUGCUUUCCAAAGCAUUGUUGGUGUCACCAUCCUCAUCUUCAUUCCCCUUUACGACCGUGUUUUUGUUCCUAAUGUUAGAAAGAUCACGAAUCACCAUUCUGGAAUCACAUCUCUCCAGAGAAUCGGCGUUGGCUUAUUUAUUGCUACUUUCAACAUGAUGUUGUGUGGUUUUGUGGAGGCAAAGAGACUUAGAAUUGCGAGAGAUCAUGGACUAAUUGACUCUCCAAAACAAGUUGUUCCAAUGAGUAGCUUGUGGUUACUUCCACAAUACAUACUAGUGGGUAUUGGAGAUGUAUUCACUAUUGUUGGUAUGCAAGAGCUUUUCUAUGAUCAAAUGCCUGAAACUAUGAGAAGUAUCGGUGCAGCCAUCUUCAUGAGCGUUGUUGGAGUUGGGAGUUUUGUUAGUACUGGAAUCAUAUCUGCCGUUCAGACUAUCAGCAAAAGCCAUGGUGAAGAAUGGCUAGUCAACAACCUUAACAGAGCACAUCUUGAUUACUUCUAUUGGGUCAUCGCGUCGCUUAACGCUGUGAGUCUCUGCUUUUACUUGUUUAUGGCUAACCGAUUUGUCUACAAGAAAGUUCAAGACAAAGAUGAUGAUGAUGUUGAAGGAGAAAGAGAAGAGUGAUCAAAAAUUGUUUUCAAAUGAGUAGUAGCUUCUUAAUAUUCUAUGGAUGGUUGUAU